GGUUAGCAAAACAACUUUUAGCCUCGACUUAGCCAUGGCUGCUCAUGCUCAAGAGAUGGCAUUCAAGGAGCUCAUUUGCAGCGAUCUAAAGCUUGACCCUUGUCAGUGGGAGGAGAGGUCAUCAUUCCCAGGGCUGCAGAAUGAUCCUCGCUGUCUGGAGAUAGAUUGUUUGGUGCACACUGAUUGGCUCACGUGUGCCAAGACUGGACGUAUCUCCAGUGCACACACUCCUAGUCUCACAGUAGAGGAGAUUCAUUGGUACUUGCAGCCAUCAUGUGACUCAGCCCCGCCCACCCCAUGGCAGCGAGUACACGUGACAUGUCUGAGGAAGGAAGAGAGCUACCAUCAUGCGGUUAGACACCUGGUCCCUCAGACGAGUGAUUUCUCUCGAGACAGUAUCCAUGAGUUCCUCUCUCAAGUGGCCCAGGAGAACUACCUGGUCUCAUGGAGGGAGACACUCGGCCCACUGCAGGAGCACCCCCCCUCACACUCUCACACAACACACCCCUUCACAUCUAACGCACUAAUCCGUCAGAUCAUCAAGCAGCUGUACCACAUAGACCAGGCCACUGCCCAUUCCAAUACCGGGAAUCAGAAUGAGACACAGAAGGUCCAUGCCAACCUCACGCCGAUGCUUGCUUCAAUGGAAUCUAAAACAGCCUUCUACUUCAUCUUUCCCUACACACGCUUCAGCUUACUGGAUGUUGCCUUUCAUAGUCCCGCCAUGUUUGAGGACUCUAUUGCCAAGGCUUUGUUCGUGCUCUACCAGUUCCUGCAACUGCUGAAGGAUGUCCACCAUCAAGGGAUCACUCUCGGGGACCUCUCCCUCGCGUCUGUCAGUAUUGAUGCUAGACUCUGGGUACAGCUGAGACCACACCCACUGCAUAUGAUCGGAGCACCCCCCUUUGACACAGGAAGUGGGAGGAGUCAGGGAGAGCGUACUAGGACUUCUCACUCACCCACACCACAACCAGGUAUUGUGUGUCCAGCGUCUGUUGCUGGCUCCACCCACACCCUCACUGAUGACCACACCCACACAAAUGACCACACCCCCUUCUCAUGGGAACACACGUACACAGUCCCUUCCCUCUCACUAAGUGAGGGCGUCUCCUUAUGGAGGGCAGGAGGCCUAUCCAACUUUGACUAUCUGAUGCUACUCAACCAUCACGUCGGACGUGUCAUAGGAGAUCCUAACAACCAUCCCAUCUUCCCAUGGGUCACUGACUUCACCUCUCAAGACACUGGAUAUCGUGACCUCUCACGCUCCAAGCACUUCCUCACCAAAGGAGAGGACCAGCUAGACUUCACGUACAUCUCAGCCCAAGAGGAAAUGAGGCGCUCGCCUGAUCAAGACCCAUUGGUCCCUCACCAUAUUGGCGAUAUCUCCUCAGAUGUCACCUAUUACGUGUACCUAGCUCGGAGGACUCCUAAAGAGAUGCUGUGCUUGCGUGUGCGUCCCAGAUGGGUACCCGAAGAAUAUCCCGUUUCCAUGGAGAAGAUGUAUAUCUGGUCACCUGACGAAUGUAUACCAGAGUUUUUCAUCGAUACGACCAUUUUCAAGUCUAUCCAUUCUGACCUCUCUGACCUCCAGCUGCCGAGGUGGGCGGAGUCUCCGGAAGAUUUUAUACGAUAUCAUCGCAAUGUACUAGAGGGUGACGCUGUGUCCGCCCAGUUACAUCACUGGAUUGACCUCGUAUUUGGCUACAAGCUGACUGGACACGACGCCAUUAAAGCCAAGAAUGUGUACCUGUCAGUGGUUGAUAAGCACAAGAAUCCCACCAACUCUGGCAUUGUACAGCUGUUCAAGUCUUCACACCCAAAGAGAACAGUUAGUUCCAGUGCUCCGUUCAUCCUACAAGAGUGGUCGUCGUAUCUUAACAAGAGCUCUGUGAGUAACGUAGCCUCCUUCCCUAUAGAACAGGCCACACCCCUCACACCUUCACUCUCGAGCAAAGAGGGGGGGGCAAGCAAAGAACCUAAAACACUCGAGUCAAUCCUGAACCAGGAGUCAGCCAAGAAACGCGCGCGACCAGAAAAGGAUGGCGACAAUGUGCCAUUUCAAGGGCAAGAGAAUCAAGAGGAGGAAUUUUAUGGCUCUUUUGAGCAUGUGAAUGUGCCUGACUUGAACUCCACCAAAGCCAGCACUGCUUCAUCUGCUAGUAUUGAUACUGGUGCAAAGGAAUUUCCCGAGAAGGUCAUGCCGGGUUUAAAGGUCAGAGGUAACAGUGUUGUGUUGCCUGGUAAUUACCAACCAAGGUUCCGUCUACCUGUUGUGAAUCGUAUUAUACGUCAGCGAAGACCUACGUUGGGCGAGGAGCACGUGUACGACUGGCAGGGAGGGGAAGUGUCGCUACCCAAGGAGGCUCAUUUGUUAGACAGGCUCACACGACUCGAGGAACUGAGCCACUUUGUGAGCAAGUCCUGUAAGGAUGAGGGACAGCUGUUUCUCCCCCAGGCAGCGACUACUACUGUGGAGAAGGAUUGUCAUGUGACUAGUGAAUGCCCUGCCUCCCGAGUGCAGGGGGCAUUGGAGCGGCUGGUGGGGGGAGACCCCUCUCAUUACCCCUCGUUUGAGGAGAGGGUGGGGCUUGAUGUCACAGCUGCCGUGUGCACUGUCGUACAGCUGUGCUGCAUGCGUCAACUCAGAGCUGCUAUUCCUAUUAACGCCCCCCUCCAAAAGAGAGUGGGCAUCAUCAAGAAACUACUCAAGAGCGGUCAACUGAAACUACCCUCUUUCCUACUUGGUCUUGUGGAGUUUGUGCUCUCUCCGGACAUGGCCUCCUCCACACCCGUCACACACCUCCCAAGCCUCACACCCUCACUCCUCCUCCAACCUUUCCUGCCCGUUAUCCCAUUUCCCACGUACUUUGACCCUCUCUAUAAGUUCAUCUACCACCUGGAGCAGUUGCUACGGGAUACCACUUUCGGACAAAUGACGUUUAACUUUCAGCGUCUCAAACACAUCACUUUGCCCACACACAACCAAGAACAACUGGACCGCCUCCUGGAACUCAUUUCUGCUGACCUCGGCAGUUUAUUGGGUGUCAUAAGCAACGAGGGGUUUCCCCUACUCUUGCUACAUCUCUUCCCAUUCUUUACACACCCGGACACUUCGUUUGAUGCCAUUUUCUCGUUCCUGGACCCCCUGGCCCGGCGCAUGGGACGCAGGAAUGUGGAGCGGCUAUUCUCCCUCCCACUCAUUCACCUGUUUGACACUGCCACACCCCCUCAUCAGCGAGCACGUCUCCUCUGUCGUACCACCGCCCACAUGCUCAUCGGGAGAUUUGGUUUGAGCGCUUUCAUUGGUCGCUUCCUCGGCUUCUAUCUCGAGGCGAUUCUGGAGCCCCUUCGAAUGACCAACACAAAACCUAUCAAACGACUUAAUAACAAGAUUAUGCGUAUGGCUUCUCAGAGUAUACUCACUUUAGAGAUGAUGCAAUCACAAGCUUUUGAAAGUGGGCGGACAAGAAAUACUGACCUGUCAUUUAGUAUGGCGUUAUCGGAUGGUCGCCAUGGUUUCGAUACGGAGAAAGAGUAUGAGUCAAGCAACGAAUCGGAUGAUGAGUUGGGGCCUGAAGCAUCUAUCCUCGCUAAGGCCACCACCAUGUACGCUGCUCCAGUGGGUGGGGUUAACGAUACUGACUCCUCCCUCCUCACACCCCUCACUGUCAUCACAGAACACACUACCCUCACACCCGCCCCCUCAUCUCCAGACAAAUCCCCACACACGGACCUACUUCAACCAUCACGGAGUGUGGAAGAUGUGAGGGCAGAUAAACCAGACAGUAGACCUACCUCGCCCACCCCCCUUUACGAUGGCUUUCUCACUACAUCGAUUGUGAGCGAAGCUUUUGAGGGAUACAGAGAUAUCCGAUCUGACUCGUUUGGUGGGCGGAGCUCCGUGGGUGACACUAGGGACGAGGUCGUGUCAUCAGAGGAGGAGGAGGAGGAGGAGCUUCCUAUUGGGGAGAGUGUGUUCCCAGCAGCCGAGUGUGAUCCUGUUACCACGGCAGUGAAUGCUCGUAUUGCUGAGCUGGCAGCUGACUCCGUGUGCUGGUUGAUGAGGCGACUUGGUCCAAUAUUGUCCACUCAGCAUAUUGUCAAACCACUACUGGAUGGAUUGCACAGGUGUUUCUCUGGAGUGCUGCACACUGGAGGAGGUAGUCAGUUCCCAGUCCUCAAGUGCCUCUCAUUCUUUGCCGAGACCUACGGAGAAGAUGUCAUUCUAAAGUUAUACCUAUCUCGAGCUGAGAGCAUGGUGGGCUCUGCCACUAGUCGCAUGACCAGUAAGAGUGAGGCUGGAGUAGCUGCUUCCCUGGCCCUCGUGAGGAUAGCCAUACGACAACUCACACACACCACACUGCAGUUCAUCGGCAAGGACUUGUGUGACAACUACUUCCUCCCACUCAUCCAGCUGCUCUCCUCACAGACCACCUUCCCUAGUGGGGGGGCGGGACGAUCAGCCGUGUGCCGCUCAAUGGUGGACCUCCUGCUGAGUCUGGGCGAGCGCCUCGGACGUGAGGAAGCCAUCAAUGUGCUCACUGACACGCUUCAAGGAUUUUUCUCAUGUUUCAGCAGUGUCCAUAGCAACGAAGAGGAGACACAGCUCUGGGGAACACCACACAAUAGACUAGAAAUCAAGAAUGGUCUCCCGGACAAGAGUCAAAGAGUGGCAGCUGAUGAUCUGUUUGAUAUCUCCAACACGCCCACCAGUUCCAGUCCCAUCAUUAGGCCAGGGGAGCUCGCCCACUCAAACAAUGUCGUCCCCACCCCCGUGGAUAUACACCCCCUCACUGCAGAGCCUAUUGGUCACCACGACAACUCGUCAACGGACAAGCUCUUGGCGUCAGAGUCGUAUCAACAACUGUGUGCCACAUUCUCCCAGGCCAUGGCUCACGCUGGCUACAUACCUCUCUGCAGGUUGCUAGGGCAGGUUCAACUCAACAGUAAGCUGCUCAAUACGGACCUCAUUGAGUACAUAGCUUACAAGCACGACAAUGAGGAUCAGACCACCACCCUCCCCAGGGCUCUAGCCGAUCAACCAGAUCAUGAGGAGUCUGAGCUUUCCUCGCCCAUCGGAUCUGACUCAGACGAAGACGUUAAUUUCAAUGCCAUGAGAAGGGUGGGACCUGUUGCCGCGGUGACAGACUUGGGGGCGGAUCAAGCUGAGUUGCAACGGACGGUGUGGUUCGUUGAUCUCGAGGAAGAGGAUAUUGCAGCCAUCACUCCUCUGCCGCAACCCUCGGAGAAGCCUCCUCUGACCCUCUCCUCUGCUGAUGCCCCGCCCACUCGACCAGAUUCUAUUAGUUACAGGGAGGCAUUAUUCGAGGCCAAGUUUUCAUCAUUCUCCCAGCCCACCACGGUCUCGCUAGACACGCCCCUCGCUACCGUAGGAAAGGGUGUGGCUAAUAUGAUUGCGGGGGCAGCCACGAUAGCCACACCCACUCUGGGAAAGAUGGACGAUAAUGACUUGACGUUAAAGGGGGCGUGGUCAACACAAUGGGAGCGGCAACUGCAAAGAUCUGUGCACAGUCGUGAUGGCUUCAGGCACUUCAGAGGAGUAAAGCUCCAGACAUUCACAGGUCAUCGCAAUAUUGUGAGGUCAUUGGCCGUAUCGGAUAGUGAGAGCUUCUUUGUGAGUGCUAGUAAAGACAAGACGGCCAAGGUCUGGAAGUUGGGUAACUAUGGCGAUGGAGAUGGGACGACCAUGCCUAGUCUGACAUACAAUGGGCACUCUAAGACAGUGUUGGGGGUGGAAUUACUGGAGGGGCUGGGUCAGGUCGUGUCAUGUGAUGGGGCAGCACAUGUGUGGGAUGUGGAGAGUGGCUAUUGUGUGCACCAGUUCCAACCCUCACACGGCACACUCUUCACAGCACUCGCUGCACAGUCCUCGUCACAGCCUCUCAUUGCCAUGGCUACCAGUGACCUCCAGCUGAGGUACUAUGAUGUGCGCACACUGGCCCCCCUGCAGACCUGGAAGCUGCAGUUUCCCACUGGAGGGACCAUUCGUUAUCUCGCCUCUGCCGAGAACUGGAUCGCCGUGGGCAACCACAAUGGACACAUCAACACACUCGACGUACGUACCGGCGAGCUGCUGUCGUCAUGGAAACCAUCAGACUUCUAUCCUAACCCAUAUUCGUUUACUCUGAACCCUGCUAAGGCCACCUCAUGGAAUGACAAUAUGCAUCAGCUACGAUCCACUCAGCGGGGUAACCUAGUAACCAGUGUCGGACAGGGGCUGUUGUCGCUAUGGAGACCAAGCUACGGGAAGUUGCUCCACCCACUCAAGUGCCCCGCCUACCCAGUGCAGUGUGUGGAGGUGUGUGGGGAUCAGCUCAUCUCUGUGUCCAACAACGGACACCUGGUCGUGCAUGAGGGCUUCGAAACCAGCGAUGGCCGUGCUAAUCAUGUCAUGAGGGUACGAAACAGAGGCCUGUCGUCCAUGGCAACGCUCCCUGAGAACAAGAUGCUGUUACUAGGAAUGGACAUUGGAACCAUAUCUCUACUGGCCUAGAUCACACGCAAUCAUGUGUAUGAAAACACACUGCUAAAUUUUUACUUUCAUUGUCGAAAACUGCUCUAGUUUAUUUGAUUCUUAACCAAUAAUACAGGUAUUUUGUGUGUUUCAAGUGUGACAGUUUAACUAAUUAUUCAAUAUUUCGUCAAGUGGAA